CAGAUGAAGAGGAGAAAUAUUUUCCAGUGAGGUGUUACUGCAAUAUAAUUGUGCUGCAAGAAGAAUUACCACAGGGAUACCAGUAAGCCUCUGAAUGUCUUAGGGAACAAUGUUCUGGAGGUCUUGCGAAGUUCGCAGAUGUGACUUAGAUAUAAGCAGUUCCUGCAGGGGCUGAUGAAGGCAGGGGGGAAAAAGAAAACCAGAAUUGAAAAGACCUGUAAAUGUGAUCGGAGUGGCAUAACUGCUGGUGUGGAGAAGACUGCUCUGCAAUGACUACAGCAAGAUACAGGCCUACCUGGGACUUGGUACUUGACCCAUUAGUGUCCUGCAAGCUCUGCCUUGGUGAAUAUCCCGUGGAGCAGAUGACAACAAUAGCACAAUGCCAAUGCAUCUUCUGUACCCUGUGCCUAAAACAGUAUGUGGAACUGUUAAUCAAAGAAGGUCUAGAAACAGCAAUCAGCUGCCCUGAUGCUGCCUGCCCAAAGCGAGGUCAUCUGCAAGAAAAUGAGAUUGAGUGCAUGGUUGCAUCAGAAAUCAUGCAAAGAUAUAAGAAGCUACAGUUUGAAAGAGAAGUGCUUUUGGAUCCAUGCCGGACUUGGUGUCCAUCCUCUACUUGCCAGGCAGUUUGCCAGCUCCAGGAAUCAAGCCCACAGGACCCCCAGCUGGUCCAGUGCAAAGUGUGCGACAUUGAGUUCUGCUCUGCUUGCAAAUCUAAUUGGCAUCCAGGUCAAGGCUGUCAAGAGAACAUGCCAAUCUCUUUUCUUCCAGGAGAAACAAGUUCAGUUUUUAAAAUGGAAGAUGACAACGCUCCAAUCAAACGCUGUCCAAAGUGUAAAGUUUACAUUGAAAGAGAUGAAGGCUGUGCCCAAAUGAUGUGUAAGAAUUGCAAACAUGCCUUUUGCUGGUACUGUCUGGAAUCUCUUGAUGAUGAUUUUCUCCUUAUACAUUAUGACAAGGGACCUUGUCGAAACAAGCUGGGUCACUCCAGGGCAUCUGUUAUCUGGCACAGGACACAGGUGGUAGGAAUUUUUGCAGGAUUUGGUCUUCUACUUUUGGUGGCCUCCCCUUUCCUUCUGCUUGCUACACCAUUUGUUCUGUGCUGCAAGUGCAAAUGUAAUAAAGGAGAUGAUGACCCUCUACCUACCUAGACUGGGAAAAGAUUGGACUCAUCACGACAUGUGUUUUUAUUUUAUUGUGCUGUUAUGUUUCUCUCUGCACUUACAUUGCUGUAGCCUUACUUGCCCCAUUCUGCUUUUCAUUGACACACAGUCUUGGUUCCAGGAACUGUUGUUACCACUGUUAUAUAGAUCACUUGAUAAUAGACAAGGAGGGUAACAGAAGGCAAGUGUGGUGCUAAAGGGAGACCACGGACCUGGGUGGUAUCACCUGAAAUCAAGAGGUGAUACUGCUAAAAAUAAUGCAAAAAGUUGGUGCUGCCCUGCUAGUGGACUGGGAACUGUACUGAACAACAUCAGCAAAACAAGCUGAAAAAGCAGACAAAUAUAAACUUCUGCAUAUCUGUUCGCUUCCAGAUUUGGUGUCUUAUUCCUGUAUAUAUUUAAGUUGCCUAUCAUUUAUAUCAGAUAGUCAACUUAGUGUGACUUUAUUAUGUUUAUUACACAUUGUUUUUGUUCAAACCAUCACAAUGUCCUUUCUAGUACCUAUUCUUCCAAGUAUAAUAAAAUUAGUAAGGUGCAUAUAGGCCAUCCUAUGCCUUUCUUGAAAUUUGGGGAGGGUUAGAGGGACAAAGUUCAUCCUGCUGCCUUCCACAAAUUUUGUCAAGUCUUAUAAGAAAUUCAUUUGAUUAAAAGCUACAUUUUAAAAUUAAUUGAUGAGGCUGUAAGGUUGAGUAGUGACACAAACCUGCUAUCUAAUCAAGGUUCUUUUAAAAAUUCAUUGAUGGUAUUGAUUACCACUGGACCACUAGUGUUUUUCUGAAUUGUUAUUUUUUGCUGUUGUUUAGGGUUCUGCUACACUUAUAGGGCUACAUAACUUCUAAUCCAGGUAUCUUAAUCUUUUUAUAGAUACAUAGAUAUAUAUAUAUAUAUAUAUAAUCCUAUUUAAACCAAAUGUGUAAAUAGCUGUGCUAUUGAAAUAUUUUGGAAGUUCAGGAUAUAUUGCUUCUGUCUUUAGGGCAAUUAUUUAAAAAUACAGGACUAACUUUAAUAUUUAGUAGACUCUUGGGUUAUCAAUGAAUCUUCCCUUUUAAAUAUAAAAAUACAUCAUGGUUAUCCCUGUAUAAUUAUCCCUGUAAUACUAAAAUGCCUGGGAUAUAUGUGGAAGUUCUACUUUACAUUUAAACUACUUAGCCCAUUUCAGAGUUAAUAUUGUAUAUGUGGUGUAUUGUGCUAAUAACAAUACUGUAACAAAAUAAGGUUUUAUUUGAAAAAUAAUCACUUGAUAGUUUUGCAGUAUUCAGUGCUGUGUUUUCAGGGUAGUAAAGUGUGCUAGCCAACAUGCUGCCUCAUUGUGGUUUCUCUUUAGAAAUAUUUUAUUGAAAACCAUUUUGCUUUGAUUUUAAAGCCUACAAGAAUUUGACUGAUAACUUCUUGCCAUGAAAUAUGAAGCACCUGAAACAAUGUGUAUAUCUGUAGUACUGAAGGAAAACAUUCUUUCAACUGGCUUGUGGACUUAAGUCUGACUGCAUUUUUGUCAUCAUCAUUCUGUGCAUCAGCAAUGUACUGAGGUGAAUGGAUAUCUUGAAGCCAGAAUAACUUUACACUGAAAAUGUCUUAAGACCCUUAAAUGCAACUACUUCUGUCUGCUGUCACAGACUGGGAAUGUGUUUUCAUAGCUCAAGCAUAAAAAAUUACUCUUUAGCUUUUGUUUUACAGUCUAUCUGUUAAUAAAAAUACUGUAGGGCGCAGUUUUGAAAAGGGCCACUGUCUUUUUAUAAAACUAUUCUCCUCCCCCAUCUUCUAGGUUUAAUGCUAUUUUAAUUCAAACUGUGUCUAACCACAGAUUUUACCUCUAGGAGCUGGAGGUUAUCGUAGUUCACUUAUUUGGCUUGAUUUUAAUGAGUUCAGCCACUAAAAUGUGAAGAAAAAGGAUAGCUGGUUUCCAGCAAAUAUGAACUCCUUGUGAUAUCUUCAGAUUGUUUAUGGCAAUGCACAGUUAAGAUCUUUUGUUACCUGAGUAUUUUUAGUAGUCUAGAAUUUGUUAUUAAAAAUUGCUUUGUUCUUAAAAAAUAUCUGUAGUGAAGACUGGGUAGUGGAUUUGAUCACUGUUUGCCAACCCCUAAGCGUGUCUGAAGCACUGCUGAGUUCAGCAGGCAGUGAAGUGCUUAUCUCCCUCUGGCUCUGACAUCAGCUCAGUCCAUCUCCCAGAGGUAUCCCAAGCCAAGCACCUGGGUUGUCCUGAGUCAUAGCUUCACUGUGCAGAAAACCUUCUGUGAAGGAUUCUGAGAAGGACAGCUUCCAGCAGGUAAGCUUGUGGCCUUUCCUGCAUGGCCCUGUAAUUCUGUUUAACUGGAGAAGAGGAAAAACCUGGACAACAGGAUGUAAAGACUUCAUGGGUUAUUAAUUUUCUAAUUGGCGGCACUAAGAGAUUCUGCUGUAUUGUGGCUGUGACUCUGAUGACCACAUAUGUGUACUACUGGGGUCAUAGUAAACAGUAGAGGUUCAGUGCCCUGUGAACAGUAUUAGAGUGUCCUGGUAUGAUACGGUUUCUUUUCUCUAUGCCUUUCUUAGCCUUUAUGUGUCAAUACAGCAAAACUUGUUUCCCAGAGUAUUGUGUGGCCAGUUAAUAGUCAAUGUCAAAAUUAAUGCAUUUCCAAAUUUAAAACAAAAAGGAAAGAAAAAUGUCCUUUCCAAAUACAGAUAUUUUUUAAAUAAUAAUUUAUAAUUGAUGCUUACAGGUAACAUUAUAUAUAAUGGGAAAACUAUGUUAGUGUAUCUCUGAUCUCAACACACUUGAAUUGCUACUGGAGGUUUUUAUGACGCAGCUCUUAUUUCACAUCCUGGCUGUUGGGAUAGACUAUAUGCCUACAUAUAUUUAACAAAUACCUAGUCUUUUCAGGUUUGCUAAAUGUCAUUCCAUCUGUAUGGGAUUUUUUUGUUUGUUGUCAUUAUUUUAUUUUUUGUAAUGCUGAUUAUUUGGUUUCAAAGUAGCAACUUUUGGUGGUAAGGUAUUAUAUACAAAGUGUUUUAAUGUUACAGCUUAUGUUGAUACUGUGACAUUAAAUACCCUGAAAUUGAAUUGUAAAUACAUUAUUUUAAACUCUGACAUUUAAAUGCCCUGCCAUGGAAAAGUUAAUGUUUGUUUCUGCUGCUUUUCAAAUGAAAUUACAACAGCUAUGGCUUUUUAGAUUUUUCACCAGAAAAAUAGGUAUCACAAGAUGAUUUCUGUUGCAUUUUUAUGGUUAUGCUAUCAUUUAGGGUUUUGCAUUCACACAGAAUCACAGAAUAUUCUGAGGUGGAAGGGACUCACAACAAUCAUCGAGUCCAACUCUUAAGCGAAUGACCCAUUCUUAAAUACUGUUUUUAAUGGAGUUUGUGACAGUACUUCAUUUGCAUGUUCUGGAUGAAGUGGUGUCAUGUCUAGCGAGUGUUGAGUCCCAACUCCAGAGGCUGUGGUUGUCCCUAGGCUUGCCAUUCAUUAGUUGGGCUGAAGUCAGUCCUGAGAGAGAGACAGCAGGAGCACAGCCCACAUUAACUUCAAUGAUGAUAGUUUUGGGUUUUCCCCCACAUUGGACAAGUCACUUAGCUCCUUUUAUCUCAAUUUAACCGUCCUUUUAAUGAAUGAACCAAUGUUUGCCUACUUCAUAAGAGGGCUGUGAGGGCAAAUUAAUUGGGUUUGAAGCUCUUCAAGAGUUUGUGAUGAACGUUAUAUAUAAAAGCUUACUAUUGUUUUAUGUUAUUAUUUCAGUUUUAUUCAUGUUGGCAGUCAUCCUGAAGUCUCCUCCUACUGACUUUAGCAUGUCAAGAAUUUGGGAUACUUUCCCUCACAUACCAAAUAGCAUGAUCUUUCCUCAAAUACUCUGGUUUAUGAAUUAGGCAAAAUCCCAAAUAACAGCUGACUGGAUCAAAUCUCAGCUUACAUUUGAUCUCCUGACGAAAGUAGUAAAAAGCCCUCAUUUGUGGAGCUGACGGGAUAAAACAUUCAUAGGUCAGAAAAGUAUGAAGUGCUUUUUUUUUUUUUUUAAAUAUUAUGGCCAGGAAGAUAAAAAUUAAGUUCUGUGCAUUUCAUCUGUAGACCUUUUGCUGUAUAAGAAUAAAUGUAUUUAAUGCAGGCCAUUAUCCCAGUGAGGUGCAGCAUGCAUAAAGCUUUGUGCAGGUUUGCUUUUUCAAAAACCAAAGUUUGUACAUCUCAGAUACAUAAUCUGAAAGCCUGAGGAAAACAAGUAGAAUACGGUUGUUAAUAAGUGAUAUUAAGGACAUAAAAAAAGCCUGUAUCAGCGCUUAAUUGCUAAUGCACUUAUACUAAGUAAGGCAUGCUGUUUGUGUUUAGAGCCCUGUGGUCUUCAUUAUUGCUUUGAUUUGUGUAUCUCUUAUAAGAAUUUCAGGAACAUUAGGUACAGGUACGUGGUCCAUAACUGAACCUUUCUUGAUCAUUUUAUCAUGAUGUAUUUUAAACUUGUAUAGGGAUAAGCAUGAAGGAGUCAUGCAUAUGUAUAAAUAAUGUAUUUGACGAGUGUAAAAAUAGUUCUGUUGAUGUAUUUGAAAUGUAAGUACAUUUUGUGCCACUAACACUGUGAUGUAUAAAAGAGCUGUUGAAUGCCUUUUAAUGUGGUGUUUUGUACUUUGAAUCAUACUGAAGAGUUUAAUUUGUAAUUUCAAUAGAUAUUUUAAAUGA